UUGAAGAACAUUCUUCAGAUUCCAGCUACGAUGAAGAAGAGGUCGUGAAAAAGCGCGAAGAUGAAGAAGAAAAGGGAGCAGACGAGAAAAUGGCAACCCAACAACCUUUGCCUCGGAGAAAGCGAUUUAUUCCUAAAUAUGAAGUCGAAGGGGUUUCCAAAUUAGUUCUUGGUGAAGAAACGCAAAUGCAGAUCGAGAUGGUUAUUGGCACUCAUAUUAACGCUCAAAAUCCAUGGAAAUUUGUUGAGAAGGAAAAAAUAAUAGAAAGCAUUGAUCUUAAUGGUGAAGCAUCAGAAUUUUUCAAUUUAAGGGAACUUUUAAAUGAUUACACAGAAGAAUUAGUGUUGAUGGGAUACAUUGUCGAUGAAUCUAAAGAUGUUGAUGAGUUCUAUGUGUGCUUGACCACAGAAGCGAGAGAUCAUUGUAAACAGCAAUCUGACAAGUUCAUAAAAAGGCAACAAAAAAAACUUGAGAAAGCAAUUCUUAAGAAACCUAUGCCGUGGAAGAGCUUAGGAAGCGAAACUGAAAUAAUAGAAUUAAUACCAAUCAACUCCCGACCAUUACUGGAAAUAGAAAUUAAGGCAAAGUUUCCUAAGUACUAUGAACCUAAAAAGUUUAAUAUAAGAGAUACCAAUUCCGUUAGAGAUGGCUAUAUAGAACUAACACCGUAUAGACAAAAGUUUAAUAACAUAUUUCGACAAAGAGUUGAUUGUGCAUCACAGGCAGCACCGUCUACUGUUCAAAGACAUGCACAAACUGAGUUACGAUAUCCACAAAAUGUGUGGACUCAAUCGAUUGCAGAUGCCUUAGGCAAAGUCACUAUUACUGAUACUGAAGCAGGUGGAGACGCAGGGCAAGAUAAACGAGAUGAAGACCAGCUAAAAGAAAAUGAAAGCUCCGACGAGGAUGAUGAAGAGUUCAAAGAGCCACCAGAUGAAGUUGGCCUACAAGCCUACAGAAAUGCUUUCAGACGCAUGCGUAGACCAUCUUACGUAAAAAUGAUUAACAAUUUUAUGAAAGACAAGGUAACAGAUAUGGGUUCAAUCAUAGAACUGAAUACUGUAAUGGACAUGUACUGUAAUGACUAUCCGAAUCUGAUAGCAGAGAAGGCCAUUGAUAUUUAUGAUACGAUGACUUUUGAAGAAUACGUGUGCUUUACAGACAUAAGAGCUAAAGAUAAAUAUAUAUCCAGCGCAGUUUUUCACCCAAUGUGGUCUGGAAUUGUAGCUAUUUGCUAUUCUGAUGGAUCGCCAAAUGCAAUGAAAACUUUGGGUUCUCAUCCUGAUCCUAUUCAAAGAGCUGUCUAUGGGAUUAAUCCGGUUUUAAUUUGGAGCCAUAUCGAUACUUUAAUACCAAAACUCACAUUAGAAGCUUCGCGGGAGGUUAAAGUCCUUUCUUUUUGUCCAUUUGAUGAGAACAUCUUAAUAGGAGGAUGCAUCAAUGGUCAAGUUAUUAUUUGGGAUAUAGCAAAUAAAUUAGAAAAUGUUGAUAGAAUAGAAGUAUUAAGUGAAACAAGAGAGAAAUAUCGAAUAGCAAUGAAUGCUCAUAUGGGGUGGAUGAAAAACGUACAAGACAAGUCAAUCGUACAGUGUACUGCUUUAAGUAAUUUAAUGACCAGUCAUUAUGGAGCUAUUACCGCUAUUAAUUGGCUAUCACCAAAUUUUAACGUUACUACAACUGGAAAGUGUAUGAUGUUGGCGGAUUCAAAAAAAUCGAUGAUGUUUUUCACUGGAUCAGAAGAUGGGUCAAUAUUAAUUUGGAGCUUGUCUGUGGAAAAUGUAAGCCAAUUCGAAGGCAAGAAAGUAAAAAAAUCCAAAAGAGUACUAAUAAGGCCUCCAGGUUUACUUGUUGACUAUUCGCCAUACAAAGUUUUUGAUCGUACUUUGCAACCGUGUUAUAAGAUUCAUGUAGGCGUUGCCGGUCGUCCUCAAACUUUGCCCCUUCAAAGUUUCGGAAUGAAUCCUCCAGUAAUCAAAUACACGUACGCUCCGAGAAAAACAGGGACAGGAAGAAAAUAUUUUACGAGCGAAAUUAUACCACAAAGCGAAUCCGAAAUAAAUACGAUACUCUAUUGUGGUUCACAACAUGGCGAAUUGGCUAGAAUAACAUGGGAAGGACAUGAAUUCAACACGGGAGAAGUAGUGAACUCUGAGUAUUGCGAUAUAAUGUUUAGUUGUCACAUUCACGACGGCGCGGUAACGAGAACGCAGAAAAAUCCCUUCAUCAGUCAUAUGACACUCACAAUUGGUGGGAAAAUUUUUGCUAUUUGGUCAGAUAAAUUAAAAAAUCGACCAAUAAUUUGGAAAAAGCGACCUUGUCGGUUAACUGAUGGAGCUUGGUCACAGUAUAAGCCUAGCUUGCUGUUUGUUACCACAUCUGAAGGCGAUUUAGAAACCUGGGAUCUUCUUGCAAGAAGUGAUCAGCCAAUAUCCGUUCAAACACUCUCCGGUAUGAUGCUUACUAGUGUAAGUUUACACACGCUUCCUCUAGCCAAAAAUAUAAUCGGGGUAAGUGACAUAAAUGGCGCUUUCAGAAUGUUUUUAUAUCCUCCCAUUUUUAUGAUUGAAAAUCCAGCUUAUAUAGGGCGCACUGAAAAUAUGAUUAAUAGGGAGUUGAAAGUAAUGAAUACUUUUAUAGAAUGGCAAGAGGAAUGGAUGAGAAAUAACCCUGAGAUUUUACUUGAAAUCAGACGGAAAGAAGGAGAGUUAUUAGCGUUAAAAGAGGAAGAAAAACGUAGGCAGCGGGAAGAAGAAGAAAGAAAGCUUGAAGAAGAAGCGGAGGCCAAACGGCAACAGAAAUUGAAAGUUAUAGGUCCAGAAGAAAGAUGGCAGAUGAUUAUUCAAAAACUUAUAGAAAAAACCAUUGCAGUGAAAAAGAGAAUAAACAGAGCUGAGCUAAUUGAACAGGAGAAACCAUUGAGAGAAUUAGAAGCGCAACGGUUAGAGAAAGAAAGACGGAUGUUGGAAAUUAUGAAAAAUCAAAAAUCUAUUUUUAAUGAUACAGUUGCUAUCCUAUUUCCGGAAGCUAUCAAAAAAGAAGCUAAAGUAAAAAAAAGUUACCUUGGGGAUGAUAAGAAUAGUCUUAAAAUAACUUAUUUAGAAGAGUACGAAUCCUUAAAGGAUACUGCUAGCAGAACUGUGCAGGAACAUCCAUAUAAAAUAGCCUUUUCUUGGGAGAACACUUUGGCUGAGGGAAAAGAAAGGAGAUUGGCGCUUAACGCUCAUGAGGAGUUUAUUAAGAUGCAUAUAUGUAGAUUGGAUAAAGAUGGUGGAGAAACUCCGAUAAAACCAACAAUUCAAAACUUUUUGAGUGAGAAAGAGGAAACGGAAGCAGAAGCAGGCAAUACAGAUGGUUAAGUUUUAUUAUUUUUGUCUAGUA